CCGAGCAAGGGCGGUCAAGAGGUCACGUCAGCUGUUAGACAUCAUUUCCUGCAAUACUAUCCCGAAGAAGACUCUUUUCAUAACGAGACAUAUGCACUGGCGGCAUCCCAUCCAAAUAUAAAAUCAAAAGACAAAAACAAAAAAAAACAAUGUCAAUGCAAGCAGCAUUUACUGAGUUCUAAGUAUUUGUUCGUGUUGGCUUCUGAUUGGCUCUAUUUUGGUUCUGGGCAUCCAUAAUAGAGCCCAAAGACUUGACACAUUUGCUGCUACUGGCAGGCAAGAAUCACCCAAUGAAAUUCCAACUCUCUAAAAAAACUUGAUCAUUUAUCUUCAUAAUAUCUUGUUUGCGUGUCAGCAUCCGUGUGAAACACACAAAACGACCGAAAGCUGGAAAUUGGUUGCAGUCAGUGUUUGUCAUUAUGACUUUCCUUCACCUUUCAGGACAUUUAGUUCUUUUUGUUGACUCUCAUUGCAUUUACAGCAUGGGAGCAAAGUCCAGCACAUGUAGCCAUCGUGCACACACACAAUCGUACAAACGCAAACAAACACACACACCCACACGUUUGUACGCAUGCAGCUGGAUCUGGUACGGCAAAUACACUUAGUUUGGACUGCCAUGGGGUUCAUUUCCUCAAUAUUCCUGAUUAGACACUUUAGUUCUGUUUACUGUCACCGUAGUUAAUAUUAACAGGGAUCAACUUAUGAUAGCCACUUUCAAUAGCUUUCAAUGUUAAAGGCCACACACUAAAACACAAAUGCACCAAAAAGUCAAGUUAAAUGCAGGGAUGAAAUGUCAGAAAGAGGUCAAUAAUAGAAGAUACGUAUUUGAAGUCAUGCAAGCCCAUUUUAAGCCGAACAAAGUGUGACAGUUACGUCUAGAUCACAGAAAGGCUUGUCUAAUUUUAAACAAUCCGAUAGAGUAGAGUGAAUCAUCACUAUGCCCAGGGCUAAAGGACCAAGACGCACUAUAAAUAGCAAAUUUCAUUUCUUUUUUUUUGACGGGACACUGUCACUUAACGUCAUCUAGGAAUUGCAAAGCCAGAUGGUAGGCAAAAAGUCUCAAAUGGUAGACAUCCAUUCAUUCAUUCAUCCAGCCAGCCAGCCAUUUCCUCACAAGGGUCGCCUAUCCCAGCAGUCAACUUCAGACACCCUGAACUAGUUGCCGGCCAAUUGCAGGGCACACAUUGCCAAACAACUAUUUGCACGCACAUUUAGGGGCAAUUUGGAGUGCUGAAUCGGCCUACCAUGCAUGUACUUGGAAUGUGGGAGGGGGACCGGAGCACCUGGAGAAAAGCCGCACAAAGACCGACACAAGCUCUGAUUUGAAUGCCAAACAACAGAAGUGUGAGGAGAAGGUGCUAACAUUCUGUUUUUUUACAAACACACCCUGAACUGAUUGCCUGUUUCUUUGGCAUUUGGCCAAGGCUGCUUGUUUUUGACUUUACUGAACGGCACCAAUUUUGCUGCAAAUGCUGGGGUUGAUCUGCAGAAACCUCUGGACCGUUAACCAAUUGGAAACGGCGACGAGAAGGUUGUGAGUGAGAAAAGCUACCUUUCCUUCAAGUCCCCAAAAAUGCUGUUAUCAUGAAGCAGUGCACAGUAAAUUAAAAGUAUUACUUCCUCAACCCUGCGGCUUUGGAAAGGUCAUUGAUUUUUGCAUCAGCGAUGACACAAAUUGAUUUGAAAUGUGCAGCACAGUGGAAGAGAGCUUAGCAUGGGUUUUCUCCCAGCAAAAACAUUUGGCUUUUGAAUGUAUCGCAGGUAGUAUGUUAUCACAGUCGCUUGCAUUGAUUGGUACUAUUGGUGUAUUCCCACUCACUCCCGCAAUCUCUAAUAAUUGGUACUCCUUUGCUACAUGCCGAAUUUUCCGAGCUUAUUCUUCUUUCUCCUCAUGGUGCUUUUGGUCAUUUGUCAACAAUGCUGUACAGGGUACAGAAGACGUGACGUAACAAUGUCCAAGUUUCCCAAUCUCCCUCAGGCUGUCAUUGAGAAGGAUCAGGUUCUAACCUGUAUCUUCCAAACUGCUUCUGGCUUUUACGUGGAAUGAUGACAAAUGACUCACAGAUGACGUGAGAAAGCAAGCAAAGCUCUGUUUUCAGUCCAAAAUAAUAUUGGUUUGUUUGUUUGUUGAACCAAAGGAGCAAGCAGGUGCGAACAGGUGUUAAUCUUAUCCGACAUACUUGAAUGAAAUCUGUGUUCAUGUUAUAUGGUGAAGCCUGUCCAACGCAUCCCCACACACGUGUGACUUUCAUACCAAGAGUUGUUUUAUUGCCGGUUGUCUAUUGUGCAGUUCUCCAAACCUGUUGUACCUGCAACUUUCCAAAGUGGCAGUAGUUCAGACAGGGGUGUGUCCAUAGCCAGAGGACAGCUUGUGCGGGAGAAACGUCUCAACUGCCUGCUUGAAAGCAUUUCACUUUGAGGUGAAGAAAUAUACGACUUUGUAAUCGGAUACAAAUAGUUGAUCACCCAUGCAGUGUGGUCACACAACCUAGUCAAUCUUUUAUUUGAUACAUACUUCCUAAAAUGUGUCUGAAGCCGUUGUCGGUAUACCAUUUGGAAUUUCGCAGAUUUGCCAGCAAGUUUGACUCAAUACUCCAGUGCACUUUUGUUCGACUUAUGGGUGUGUUUGUAUGACUUGUGUGGGCCGUGCAAGUAUGCCUCACCCUCACAUCCUUCAAGUGUCAGCGUGUGAACAAAAUAGUCACACCUUUUUAUCGACUUAUUUAUUUUUAUCUGCUGUGAUGAGCUGAAAAAACUCAUCUCAGAUGGCUAAAGAUGAAUAAAAAAAAGAUGAAUACAAUCAAAUGUAUCUUUAUUUAUAUAUGAUAUUAUAUUUUUCACCCACAAUGAACUGUCAGGUGAAGCAAUCCUUUGGACUUCUUGUUCUUCGAUGAGUGCAAAAUGAAUGAAAUUCUCAAGGCUUUCUUUCCAUUGCUCACUGUCCGUAAUUUCCUCUUCUUAUUCGCUCGCUAUCAGCCAAUCCGAGUGAUCAAAUGUACAAAGCCGAUUAAUCCGCCCCAAACGCCCCACGUGGCUUCCCAACGGUCAAGUAGAAAUGUUUACUCUUUGCAUCCUUCCUUCCUUCCUUCUGUAUUCAGUGAAGGUCAAGUCAAGGAACACACACACACAGAUGCACUCGCGCACACACUGGCGCUCACGUGCACAGGGCCCCUCCUCUGUUGCUAGGUUACUGCUGGGUGGUGCUGUGUCGUCGUCCUUCUGCCCAUUGCAUCGCGUCACGUGACGGCACUGGCACCGCAGUAAGCGGAACAUGUCAGUGUUCCAAGCUGGAACCAGAAAAUGAGUUCACAUCAUUUCCUCCUGGUGCUCCUUUCAUCUUUAAGGAUUUGAUCUAUAGUAGACGUAUAUAGUAUCUCUAUUGAUAUGAAUCUCUCUCUGUCUCUAAUCAUCUAUUAGCCUUGUAACCCAAUUAGCAAACACAAUGGACGGACCAUAUUAGAAGAGUGGUGGCUGUAAAUGGGCCUCGGUGUAGAUAUUGCAUUCAAAAGCAGACGUUUGCAGCGACAAUAGUCAUUUCCCACAGUGCAUUCCUGAUUAGUUUGUUAUCCUCGUUGAAAAGAAAUAGCCAUUUUAUUUGAAGAAAACAGGCGUUUAUCAGUGAGCCCAAAGAGUUGGACGGUAGUGGUAAAAAUGGAAUCAACGUGGGCAGAAUAUCAGCCAAAGAUUGCCCAUGUAUCAGCUCCAUGGAAGAUUCAAGAUUCAAGAGUUUUUUAUUCGCCAUGUUUGAGCGUGCCAAACAAGGAAUUUGACUUCGGUAGAAACACACCCUCUGUUCAACAUUUAGGUGACUAACAACAUUCAGGACAUGUGAAAUGGCAAAAACAGUGUAGACAAAUUCAAAAAGCUGUGAGGAGCAGGAUGUUAUUGCACAGUAAUGUCUCUGAGACUCUAUGAGUGGUGUGAGUUCAUCAGAUGCUUCUGCGCUAGGCGCUAUCUUCUCUUGUUUGAUCUGCUUCCUCCUUGUGGUAGUUGUAACAAUUGCUAGUGUGAGUGCUUUCAACUGGAAGGAAGUGUUGACUAACCAGGAUUUGUAGCACAGCUUGAAUUGUUCCAAUUUGACACGUGCAAAUCGUUGGAGCCGAAAGACCUUUGUAAUCCCAAGGUGUAACCUUGCCCCCCCCUCCCCUUCUUGUCUCUUCUUCCUACCCAUCCCCGUGAGUUGUGCCGGCCUUCACUCCUUGUUUCCUGUUUGGCUAUAAAAGUAAAGUGUGGUUGGAAGAAGGAGGAGGAGAAGAAGAAGAGGAAGAAAAUGGGGAGUUGAAAGCUCCUGUUGUGUUUUGCGUACAGGCGGAACAUGCUGGAACCAGGACAUAUUACUUCAGUACAGACAGCUAUGAAGAACAGAAAGAGUGGAUCGCAGCCAUGAGCGAGGCCGCAGAGGUCAACGUUAAUCCAUCGCAGAGAUCAAACACAGCUGUCACCCCAGAGCGGACCAUGGUUACUCGAGACAGCGAGCCGCAAAUAGAAGUGAAACAACAGAUAACGGCAAAUGACAAUGGGCUAGACAACUUGGAAACGCCGCCACUGUCAACGUCUUGUUCUGAUCAAAGCGCAGUGAACAACAGUGCCAGACAAGAGGACUGCGGAGGAAAAACUGAAGAUGAAGGCGGAGGGCCUGCCUGUGGCCAUGCUCCAAGCAUCCCCAAUCCAAACGGUUGGACGAAUCAUUUCCCCGCACCCCAAAACCAUAAGAGUAAAGCCCCUCGAGCGCAAAAUCACAGCACGGCUACGCCUCAAAGACAAGCGGGAGGGGGUGUCCAGCCACCCGAUGACACCAGGGAACAGCAUCCCAACGUGGUGUUGAGAAGAGGCUUUGUUCCUAGAACUGGCCCCGAGAGAGUGGCCCAAAGGAAAAGCUCAAUGGCGCAACUGCAGCAUUGGGUCAACCAGCGGCGGGUCAUGGUGUCCCAGGAGGACAUCAACAGUCCAUCGCAUUAUUACCCGGCAAACCAAGGGUUCGACUACUAUGGCUACCCUAGCGGCGGCCCCCAGUAUUUGGAGGAGUACCCGCUGUAUCCACCAGGAGUCCGUCCUGACAGCAUUUGCUCGGCCGCGGGGGCAUACGACCACCGCUGGGCUGUCGAGGAUAAGCGUCGCUCGCUGCGGGACGGGCCUCACCAAGUGUAUCCCAGGGACUCUUGGGGACCGCAGUCCUACGGCGGAGUGGACGUGAAGUCUUUGAGACGCCUUUCCAUCCAGCCUCGUUCCAGGUCUGUGCCCAGGUCGCCGUCCUUGUCCUCCGGGGGGGCCUACUCGCCAGCAGCGCACAACUUUGCCUCACCGGCUCGAUCAGCAUCGGCACGCUUUGACCGCUUUUCUGGGCGAAUGAGGGAUGACGGGAUCUAUGCCGAUCCGUCCGCCUAUAACCUGAGGAGAUCGCUCAGCUCGCCAAAGUAUGACUACUCUGGUGAUAGGAGGUCCAUAAAUCAAGGACUAUACCAGCACCACCACCACCACCACCACCACCACAACUACCCUGUUUCCCCUUCCAUCCACAAUAAAAUGGUGCCCCCUUUCCAUGAUGUCUACAGAGAGUUGCACCCGACGCUCAAGCUAAACGAAAUUGAAACGAGUAAACUCUUGGGCCGGCUCUGUGAACAGAAUCACAUUGUGAAAGAUCAUGAAGCAGUUGUUCACAGAUUACGAAUGGACAAGGACAGCCUCGAGGAGGCGUUGGUGGCUACUCAUCAGGAGAUGGAGAAGUACCAGAGCCAACCUGUGGCCAUGGAAAAGCUUCAUAUCAAAAAGGAAACGCUACAAAAGCAGCUAAUCAACAUCAGAGGGGAGCUUUCCCAGGCCUCCAAUGCUUUAACUACCACUCGUAUGGAAUUUGAAGCAUUAGAGGAUGAGGCUCAUGCCAUUCAUGGAGAUCUAUGGGAACAACUUAACGCAGGCAUCCAGAGCGAAUUGGUUCGAAGGCACAUCCAGAAAGAGUUUUGGAGAGUCCAGGAUGUAUUAGAGGGUCUACACAAGAAUCACUCAUCCAGAGGCACGGACACAGCAAAGCACAAAGUGGCCAGUGGUGCGUCGGGGUCCUUUAGCACCAAUAGUCCAGCCAGUCCCCUCAGCUCAGUAAGCCUCAGCAGCCCUCUAGGCCCUUACUCCCCAGUGCCCGGCUCCCAGGUCUCCCCCUCUAAACAGCUGGGCCCGGAGAUUACUUUUGGAGGUCAGAAUAAUAUGAGUGAGCCACAAAACCAAGGGCUGGAAAGGCGAUCCACCGUCAACAAAGGGGUCCCUUCAAGAACCAAGUCACCUGCUGAUGCUUCACCUAGCUGGUCUGCUGGACUUUCCCGUCAAAAUGGGAGAAUGGCUAAUGGGAUUUCCAGGGAACGUCCCAAGAGCGCUGUGUUUCCAGCUGACCUUCGGUCAAAGAUGAGCGUGGAGGAACAAAAUGAAAGGAUCCGGCGCAACCAGAGCAGCUCUGUACGAGACAAAAGGAGGAGUCUCAAUCUCUCAAGCGUGCAGUCACCCGCCGGCUACAAAGUGAUUCGACGGCGGCUAACCGCUCACGAGAUUGACAUCAAUGACUUAGAGGCAGCAGUCAGAGGUCAGGGACUGGAGUCACCUCGCGAGGAAAUUGCCCGCUUGAGACGCUCGCAGGUCGAACCCGAACAUUAUGAUCUGGACAUUAACAGAGAGCUAAUGGCUCCGGAGAAGGUUAUUAUCCCAGAGCGCUACCUGGAAAUGGAAGACAACAGCCCUUUGAGUCCGGAAGAGCAGAAGGAAAAGCAGAAGAAACUUGAGCGGAUCAAAACUCUGAUUGCCAAAUCCAAUCUGCAAAAUGUUGUUCCUGCCUUGGAUGGGCCUGUGGAGGGUGGAGCCCCAGUCAAUUCCCAGCAGCAAUUGCAGGAGCAGGAAAAGCGCAUUGAGAUCUCCUGCGCUCUGGCUGCCGAAGCCUCUCGUCGCAGCCGCCUUCUCUCGGCCCAGUGCGCCCCAGAUCCCCCCACUUCCCCAACCAGCCUGCACUCUCCCCCUUCCUCUGCUGACUUUCCCACCUCCUCAUUAUGAAUGCCUGAACGGGACCAGCUCAAGCCCUGUCUGCUGUCGAGUUUGAUGGAGCAUCUUUUUGAGGACUUACUGUGUGAAAUUUACAAAGAAGAUGACCUCAAACAAACAAAGUGACAUGAACUUUUGAAGCGCCCCGUCCAACAAAAGCAUGGCAAGCUGUCAACAUGGCUAUGAGGCAUUUGUCUCCUUCCAAGGAAUCAAUCUCUCUCUACAGUACAGGUUUAGUAAAUAUCAAGAGCCCAGCUUUGAAGUUCUCAAGGCCUCCAAAGCAGUUGCCAGUGUAUAGCCGAUGUUCCCCGGGCCAGUACAAGAGCUCCUCUAUACGUAGUGUAAUACUAUAUCCAAAUUAUGUCAACAUAAUGUAGCUCAGGACAAUUUAGAGAUUACUGACGGACUGUGAAUGAAAAACAGGUAGCAUAAGAAGGUUGGAUUCUUGAACAAUGUGCAGUAAUAAGAAAUGGUUUCCAAUUUUAAAAUGCUCAAUGACACUUCCAACCCUCAAUGAGCGCAUCUUCAUUUGAGGUUGGGCAUUGAACCACAAUAACGGCCAAAGCAACGUUGACAAUUGGCACACGCACGCCCGGUCUUUGUGGAAAAACAAAGUUCUCUCUUGGCUGGUAGAUGGAUGGGGCUGCAAGAAUCACAUGAUGAUCUUUUUUUGUCGGCUUGGGAAAAUUGUCGCAUUUCUGUUUGGGGGGCCAGAAAUAAUUCCAAAAUUGACUCAGGUUGCGUGCCAGAGAUAUUUUGCAAAUGAGUCCCAAAGCAAGCAUUUGUGCAGGCAGGCAGGCAGGCAGGCAGGCAGGCUACGAUGCGCACGCAGCUCAUCCACAGAUGUAUUCAAAGACAUUGUACAUACAGACGUACUAUAUCCGUAAUACUGCUCAAGAAAUGAAAGCAGUACACAUGUAUGUUUAGAAUGAUGGAUAUUUGGUGAAAAGAAGUAAGCUACACACGUUCAGUGGAAAUAGAAGUGACCUUAGAAGUGGAACUCCAAACAUUGUCAAUGCAAGUUAGCGGGGAAAUACAGUGUCAGAGAAAUACUGUCUCACAAAAACGGUUACCUUUCAUGCAAACAUGUCUAAAAUGUGUUUGAUACCUUUUCAUUUGGAUAGUGACAUUCCAAAUCAUGUUCAUACAAUGAGUCAGUCAAGUUUUGAAAGAGAAAUGUAGUGCCAAUACAAGUCCACAACGGCCAGCAUGAUUAUAGAUUUGAAUCGAAUCAAAAGACAUUUUGGAAAAUUCAACUACUUCAUAAAAGAAUGUCUAAUUGUACAUUUUGGGACUUUAUUUCGAUUUACUACGGCACUUAUUUCUUGUCAUCGUAUAGCUUUAAGAGCUCAACUAUGUGAACAUUGGUCCAGAAUGGAAUUGCUCCGACUACCUUUAUAAAGCAGGAGAAGUGGCAGCGGUAACUCAAUGGAAACAUCUCGUCUUGUGUAUCAGCCACCAUUUGCAUUUUCCUUUCCUCAACUCAAUGUCCACGUGGCCUGCUGCCUUUGUGAUUUCAAGGAAAUUUCAUUUGAUGCUGAAAGCACUUAUGCUCCUCACUAAGCAAAAACAAAACAAAGAUUUAUGAGAUGGAUCUCUAUUUUUUUCUUUUUUUAAGAAAGGCAAUAUGCUCAAAAGUGGCAGUAUUUCUAUUUUUCGAUGCAUGGAAAGACAAGAUGUCAUUUUUACACUUUUCAUCAACAAAAGAUUUGCUUUAAGUUUCUUGCGCUUUUGGAUCGAUUGAACAUAGAUUGAUAUUUUUCAAUCGAUGGAAACAUGUCAACAUGGUUGCCGCCAGCCAGCCAGCCAGUGGUUGUCAAUGUUUCUGUUGGUGUUUUGGUCCAGUUGUUAAAGCAUAUCGGGUGGUUCUUAUGGUCUAUUUUCCAAAUCCCCCAGGUUGUCUGUCCAGUCUUCUCUUCUGUUUCGCAACUAUUACGAUGGUGGAAGAAAAAUGUACAAACUAUGCAAAUGCUUCAAAAGAAAGUCCAAAAGACAAAUGUGCUUGCUUUCACCAAACUUUGCAAUAAAGUGAAUGUAUCCCAAUGUCUUUUUUCCAGCCAGAUGCUUUAGAGUUCAUCACAGUAUUUUGUACGAUCAAGUAUGUCUUGUUUGGAAUGGAAAUACAGUACACAUGUAUAUAUGUAUGCUCUUUAACUCCACUUGCUAAUGAGGUAUUUCACUGCCAAAAACACUGCGAGACACUACUGAGGUGAAACCUGCUUAACAUCGAUCGACAAGCGCAUUCAUUAUGAUGAUGAUGAUGCUCUUCAGUCUUGCUGUAUGUCGAAAUAAAAGGCUAACUCAAA